CAGCAACAACAGCAACAUGGUCCAACGUCUGACGCUCCGGAGACGCCUGUCCUACAACACACGCUCCAACAAGCGCCGCAUUGUUCGCACGCCUGGUGGACGUCUGGUGUACCAGUAUGUGAAGAAGAACAAGACCGUGCCCCGUUGCGGCCAGUGCAAGGAGAAGUUGAAGGGCAUCACCCCCUCCCGUCCCAGCGAGCGCCCCAGGAUGUCCAAGCGCCUGAAGACCGUGUCCCGCACCUACGGAGGAGUCCUGUGCCACAGCUGCCUGCGCGAGCGCAUCGUGCGCGCCUUCCUCAUCGAGGAGCAGAAGAUCGUCAAGGCCCUGAAGAGCCAGCGCGAGGCGCUCGUCAAGCCGGUGAAGGCCCCCAAGGCCAAGCCCGAUCCCAAGAAGAAGCCAGCUGCCGGAGCCAAGGGCACCAAGGCCGGUGCCGGCAAGGUCACCAAGGGUGGUCCCGGCGGCAAGGGAGCCGCUGGCAAGAAGCCCGGCCAGAAGCCCGCCGCCGGCAAGCCCAGGAAGUGAACAGCCCACGCUACGAGUUCGGUGUACUGCUAAAUAACUUUUAAAAUAAAUUGUUUUCCAAUCGGA